ACACACCUGUUGCUGCCCUACAGGUGUCGCCUCGCUACGACCAGCACGAGCACGGUGAAGUGUAUUGCAGUGCGCAGGAAGCUCUUCAGGUGUCCCCGGCCGGUCACCACCACCACCGCCCCUCUGCCCUCGCAGCUGAAGCCGCUCUCUGUGUCCCCGGCGGCCGCCCAGCCCUUCUCCAGCUGGUCCCCGAUCCUCCGUAGGCGGGAGGCGAGCAGCUGAGCCACGGAGCACGGUGAGGGUCCGCGGGCGCUGCAGGUAGUGUCACCGGGCAGGAGCAGAGGCUGGUCUAUCGGUAACCAGCACAUCUUCUCUGACAGAACAACCAGUCUCCUCUCCUUAAGUCCUAAGGAUAUAUGACCCUCCUCCUCUGUCAUCAAACCUUAACUGUGUUUGCAUCCCCCCUUUCUUUCUCCCUCUCUCUCUCCACCUCUCUCUACUGUAUUAUUCAUUACAGUGUCACAUGGUGUGGGGUUUACAUCAUCUUCUCCCAAAAGAGCGAUGCAAUGGUUAACUCUUCAAUUUCUUCUGUCUGGUUUGAUCCGGGCAGUCUUUUGUUAUAAGGGUUUGUGGGACAUUGUGUUCUUUUCUCUUAUUUUUAAACUCUCAGAUUCGCAUUUUGCGUUAUUUUCAAGCAAAAAGACCCCAUGUGAAUGACUAAAACAUAUUUACAUUUUAAUAACAACAACUUAAAGUAAUGGCCUUAAAAGAAUUAUGUCUUUAUUGUGAAAAGUUGCGUCCAUAAUAAAGCUGGGGAAUUAAAACUUGCGGAACUAAUGAAGAGCAGCGCGUUGUCUUUACACGGACUAUUUACAUAGAAGGACGCCUCAUUGUGUUGCGUGAAAACAGAGCUAUGGUUUCCCACAAGAGUUUUGAACAUUUUAAAUAAACAAAGUACCGCUUUUUGACAUCGUGAAGUUGUGUGUUUUUAACAAUGCGUGUUGAAUAUGGCGGAAGACGAGCUUGAUGCGUUCAGGAAGCGCUGGAAACGAGAGUUAAAGAGCAAAAAGGAGAGUAGUGCAUCUUUUCCCUGUGACACUUCUGAUCAAUCAGGUAAAAAGGACUUACAGAAGAGGUAUUUUGAAGAUUUUAAAAACCUCAACCACUCCUGCAGCACAUCUGAACCAGGUGAGCGAGGUGACUCAGAGGAGGAAAGGUUUGCUGCUAAAAGAGGAGGAGAAAAUGCUACGAAGUCCGAGGAUCAGCCGGAGUAUGUGUCCAUUGCACAUAGUUUGCUGGAUGGGAGGACCAGUCCUCUUCUGGACAGGAUCCAGGAGGAGAGAAGUAGGAGAAAGAGACAGUAUCAGAAGGUGACUGAUGUCUGCAGAUCCUCCUUGCAGCAGCAGCAGCAGCAUCCUCAGAGGAAGAGCAGAAAAGAUGAAGAGCUGGUGGAUCAGCUCAUUCAGGAUCUGGUAAGAGGAAGAUGAUGAUGGUGUAGAUGGUAGUGAAGUGAUAUUUAAAUGUAAUGUUUGUAUUCUUUGUUUUUUUAUUCAGAAUGAAGUCAAUGACAUCCCUUUCUUCGAUAUUGAGCUCCCCUAUGAGUUAGCCCUGAAGAUAUUCCAGCAUCUGGACUGCACUGAGCUGGGCAGGUGUGCUCAGGUAGGCAGCAGCUGUGGCUUUACAACAUAUAUGAACUCAAACAUGGCUACAGUGGACAUCAAUGGGCCUCAAAUUCAAAGAAUAGCUCCAUAUUUACCACAUUUUAUACAUGUUGAUAUCCUUGUGAAAGAGUUUGACAAUAAAGAGACAUGCAGUCUCAGCCAUGUUAGUUUAAAAACAGUGAAUGAAUCUACCCAGAAUCCUUUUACCAUUAAGUGUGUGUGUUUAUGUUGACAUAAUACAAAUAAAAGAAAAACAAAACUUCUCUAAAAAGGUUACUUUUUGGUCUUAUUUAGCAUUAGUGUUGCUUUUAUUUUUAGGGUUUUUUGCAUUUUAGCUUCUUUAGCCGUUUAACAAAUUUGUUUUCCUAAAGUCUGACAACGGCAGAGCCCACUUCUUUUAAGCUCCUUUGAAGAGUUUUUAAUAUAUAUUUAAUAGACUGAAGCUCAUAUUGAGGCUUUUUGAUGGUAUACAUGUAAGCCAAGAUUGACUCUAGAUUUUCCAUGCCUUAAACCUGUGUAAGAUGGUAGGUAUUAGCCAAGCAGCUGGAGAAACAUCCUUGUUUUUAUGUUUUUCACAUAACAUAUUCACACUAAAUCAAACAUUUGACUGACAAAAAUCAGCAUGAUGGGACUUUUUUUUUUUUCAGCAUGUAGAAGACAAGAUAAGCAUGAACUGCUUUGUCAACAGGCAGUUCUAAAUUUGACACAAACUGAAAGUUCCCUGUAGGAGCUGUAAGUACCUUACAACAUCGACUAUUGCAGCUCAAAUGGUCCUAAAUGGUCAGCAUUUCAAGAUGGUUCUGGUUAGUUUUUGUUGAAUUAUGCCAGGGUAAAGGUAUCAAACUGGGAUGACCCUAACUUGUAGAGGCCUGGAGCAGAUUAACAAACCUAAACUUAUAAGAACUAAACAUGUGCUGUAACAUUUGAACUCAUUUUGACAGUAUUUACUUUUCAAACAUACAUUCGUUUGACUUUCUGUUUAUGCACACUGUCUUUAUAGAAAACUCAUGACGUGACUGUUUAGUGAAAAAUUUCAUGUGGCUGAUAUGCCAAAAUGUUGAUGCUUUUGUGUCCCUAACAUACAGUUUUACUUGAAUUACUCUGAAGUGUUUGUACCUUCCCAGUUUGGGUGUAAGUGCAUCUGAGUGUGUGUAUCUGUAGGUUGGGUCAUAAGCUUAUUUAUGUCUUUUUAUCAAAAAUAUCUGUAUGAAUAUAAGAAAGUGUUAAAAAAUUGUAACAGUGAGCAUGCUCUCUUACCAUUGUGUUGUCUUGUUUGUUAUGCUUGUUGAGAGGUUUUUGGCUCUUAGUCUGAGUCUCCUGUUACAUCUACCACCCACUCCCUCAAACACGCAGAACCGCUGAGGCUAGCUUUAUUACCUUAUGUGACCUAAAUGGCUAUAGAUUAGUAAAUUACAUUUUGUCGGGCAGGGCUGCAGCAUAAGGCGCGUGUGUCCAUUUGGCAGUCAGCCGGCCUCAUUAAAAGCACAAAUGAAUCAAGUGAUGCAAGCUGGUAAUGUAUGCUGACUCAGUCUGCUGUAAUACUGUCCAAUCUCCUCCUCCCCCAGGUGAGCAGGGCCUGGAGAGUCCUUGCAGAGGACAGUGUCCUGUGGUACAAGAUGUGCACAAGGGAGGGUUUUCACCAGGAGGCCGGUGUGUCCGACUCCCCCUGCUGGAAGAGCACGCUACGAGACUGCAGGAACUCGGCCAGAACAGUGUGCUCCAACUGGAAGGUCAGUCCAGGACUCAGAAUAAAUCAUCUAACCAUCUGAUCUCCUGUUUUGAAACUCUAAUGUAGUACAUAUAAGGUUGGAUUGUGUGAUUGUCUGGCUGGUGUUGUGUAAUUUAGUUGAGUCAUAUUUUCUGUGCAGAACCGAGUUGGAUCCAUCAGCCAGCUGCAGUUUGAGCUGGGGAAGGUGCUCUGUGACGUCAGCUCCUGUGACAACUUUGUUUUAGCUGGGUGAGUUACAAGGAACGCGCACAUGUAGCUUUUUAAACAGACCAACCACAACAAUAUAACCAUUACCUUGUCAGUGUGUAGGAUAUAUUAAGCAAGUGUCCUUACAGUUAAUAAAUAAUGCCAACUAUACAUCAGAACACUUUGAGAAGAUCCGGAAAAGACUCCUGGAAAACUAUGAGCUCACACCUGCUCACAUCUUAAGACAAGCGUUUAGAGUUUUUAGUCACAGCCUAGUCUCAGACUGAGAUUUACAAAGACUGUGAAUCUUGCAGGGUCACUAUUUACAGGACUACAACUAGAUUUUUAUUGCAUUCUUUGACAGAGUGGAUGUCAAAUAAGCAAGGCUGGUCUGCUCACAGCUCCACCAUCAGCUCCUCUUUCUGGACUGUCCACUUAGGGCAUUUUAUCGCUGGUAAUUCUCCAUCCAUUCUUGUUCUUCUUGUUUUGACUAUCAGGUUUCCUUUUACGCUUUUGUUAGCAGAAUCUAUUGGUUGUUGGUUGUGUUACCUCACUGUGACUUACCAAGUCUUACCAAAACCCAAGACUAAGAAAAGACUGAUAUGAAACAGCGCAGAUUACCACCUUAAACUUAACGAUAAAAAAGACAGGAGCACGCUGUGACUCCAGUAAAACUCCUGGAUUUACUGAAGACUUUCAGCUUUUAGUCUGGGACUGAAAAUUGUUUGAUGUAAGCCUAGACGUAGGAAAAUGUGCAACCAAAAGGAUGUGAGCGACUUUGAGAAGCACCACAUUAAGAUUUGGAGAUGCUAGACAACCGGUGGGUGUGCCUUAGAAACUGCAGCUCUUGUAUAAUACAACCUGAGUCUCUAAAAAAGUAAUGCUAGUUCACAGUUUGCAUGAGUUUGUUUUUUUCAUUUUCAAAUCAGCAACUGUCACCUGUUAUCAUCUAAAUUUGAGAGGCAGAACUUAUUUAUUCCAGUGAUGUGUUUAAAGACCUCCAGUCGAGACUUACAAGCUGAAUUUAUGGCUGCAGUGUAAAUGCUGUUGUUUAUUGGUCCAUUACAUCCCCUGGGAUUGCGCCUGUACAUCCAUUUCAAGGAGCGAUCCGUCUCAGUUCAACUGUACACAUAAACAUACUGUACUCUUACUUUUUACCCCAAAAGGAACCUUUUUUGAGGUUCUGUGAUAAUGUUCAGAAGAAUGAUAUCUGUGAAUGGGGAAUAGUUUGUCAGUUCAUUUCAGUUCAGAGCAAGUAUGUCAUUGCAGGGAUGAGCUUUCUGCCUUCUUUUGCUCUCUACAUCUGGAACAAGAUCGGUAAACGCUGCCCAUGGACUGUUUUCAGAUUAGUAGAGGAGGAUAGAAACAAUAUUUCUCUACUAUGAAACCUUUGAGCAGCAGUUUGUGAAAUAAUUUAGUGCAAUGGCAAGAAUCAAGGCUGAUAAUAUAUCAGAUUUUGUUAAUGUAGGGUUUAAAGUUCUGGAUCAUUGAUGAGGAGCAUCACAAUUUUGCAUAUCUGUUAAUUCUGACCAGUGGCUUUACUGGUGGCAGAUGUCUGUGAAGGAUUGGUGUAUAAAUCACAGCCUAAUGAAACAAAACCUGUUGUUAAAUAAUCAAGACAGUGAUAGAUUGUGAUGAACCACAUGAGCCUUUUUGAGGUGGUGUGCAGAGUCUCUGGGGAGAGAUGUGAUUAGAUUCUCUUCAGUCCUGCUGAGUCUCAUUGAAAAGAAGACCAGUGGAGAAGUAGGAGCAUUCAAGCUGAAACAGUCCACUGAGUGAAAUACAAACCUACUCUUGAAUUGUUGGUUUUGUACCAGGACUCUUCGCAAUUUAACAGCAUCAAUAGUUUCCCCAUUAUUGCUGCUCAUUCAGGAAAGUAAAAGACCUGCAACUUAAUUAGGAAGAAAAGAAUCAAUAGUCAUAAAGAGUUAUCAGAAAGUGAUACGAUUGCAGGCAGAAAAUUGUGUUAGAAACGUGCUGGAAUGAGAUUUCACAUUUUAAAAAGACAACAGGAGACGUCGCCUCAUUAACCCAAUCACUCCUGGAGUCACACAGCGACACAAAGGCCGAAUCUGUCAGGACUCGUGUGAACAUCUUAGUUUGAAAGUUUACUGCACCUCAAAGUUUUGACUGAGUGAUUUGGGGUAAGAUUCAUUGUCAUGUGGAGAAGAUGCACCAAUUAUUUCCAAGUGUGUAUCCCGUUUAUUUAUUUCCUGCCAAACCUGCAGACACUCAAAGAGCGCUCACACGCACACCCUCUGUCACACACUUGCUGUCGCUGUGUCACACACUCUGGCAGCGAGGCGGGGACUUGCUCAGACAUGAUGGUAUCUGUGGAGGUGGGAACGUUGGCAGUUUGUCGUCUCCCACAGUGAGAGCUCUUUGACUUGGGCGAGGAGUGAAAGGAGCAGAAGUCCUGUUGAGGAAGGCGGGUGAGGGGGGCGUUGUUGUUACUUAAAGAUCUGCGAGUCUCAAAGGAGGCCUGUUAUACUCAUUUUUCCCUUUUUAUUUCAUUGUUAUAUCACCUGAAGGCAACUUUGCAUGCUUUGCUGCUCAAAAAACUCCAUCCAUUAUACGAUAUAAAGUUAGACAAAGCUUGUGGGUGUUACUUUUUACACAGCUUGCUUAGAUACAUCAAAAGGAGCCAGCUGAGGUAGUUCAGGCAUCCUGGGUGUGGCCAGUAGAGCUUGCUGGGGAAGAUCCCAUCUGGCCUGGGAGCGCCUGGAGAGCUGGAAAGGGUUGCAGGGGAGAAGGAGGUCUGGGUUAACUUGCUGAGAUUGCUGCCUCUGCAACCCAAUCCCAACUAAGUUUCUUAACAACCACAAAAAGCUCCUAAGAGCAGCUUUUUGAAACAUACUGAAUCAACAAAAUGGAGAGAGGAGCUUUUGGUACAUUUACUGCCAUUAAAAAAGCCAAGAAGCAGAGCAAUGAAACUGCCUCUCUAGCUUUAUUGGGGGUGUCUCUAAUUGAGGGUCUGGGGUUAUUAAUUCAUUUAUUUAUUUGUGUUUCUAUAUGAGUUUUAAUUAGUUUGGUAAGAAAAGCCUCACUGGGAGUAAAACUAUCUUUUACAAGAGUGACCUGGCCAAGAUAAGCAGCAGCACCUUCCAACAAAGGGGCAUACAACACAGUCAUCAGUCAAAGCAUCUGCACCCUGCUGCAUCUUCUUCCAGUGCCUUUAGUCCACUUUUAAGAAAGAGACCGACUCUUUUCUACCCAAAUUCUCCUGAGCACACUCCAGGCUGCGGGGGCAGAGUACCUAAAACGUUUUUCCUCAUUUCAAGAUGCACUCUGGGGAAAGUAAAUGAAAAUAAUAUGUUUUGUCGCUUGGUGACAGAAACUGAAGCUUCCAUCCUGUUUCAUGUUAAUAAAACUAUAAGUAAGAGGUAAGCAAAUCAAAAGCCGCCUAAUAAACUUGGACAUCCCAGUGCCUAAGUCUAUGUUGGCAAUACGACUCCAGCAUACACAAAGCAGGUUCCUGAGAUUUGAACAAACCCUAGAGCUCCGUGGUAAACAGUAUACAGGGAGUGAAGGCUUCGGAGGGGUGAAUGCAUGCAUGUAUGACAUAUCACCACGGUCAGUCAGGGGAGUAUAAGCAGCAACAACAGGGGUUGUCUUUGCAGCAAAAGAAAAAAUAAAUAAAUAAACAAAACAAACAAACAAACAAACAAACAAAAAAACAGAAGCUCAUCUGCAGCCUCUUUAAGUUGCUGCUUAUGAAGUUUGACAGACAGUGAAAUACCAGUUAAUACAUCCAGUUAUUUAUAAGAAGAUAAAGACUCGAAUGACAUCACCUGUUAAUAGAUAGCCUACGAGUGUUUCAGAGUAAGCAUAUUUCCCUGUUAGCGGCGCUGACCAGCUCGUAGGCGUAGGUGUGGUCUUUGUCUUUGUUCAGUGGAUCUACACAGACCGAGCUGACCCGGUUGUUGCCACUGAAAAUCUAACUUCCCACAAAAGGCCCCAAAAUACUUAAUAAAAAGUAGUUUUUUCAAGUUAACAAAUUCCCUCAAAGUCCAUUCAAAUUCUGCGUCUGCCGACUAACGAGGCGUUCAUGUGGCUCCGUACAUCUUUAAUUCGUGUGCAGCUCCGACACGCAUUGAUAGCCACAGCAGGAUUCAGUUGUGUCAAUUUAUGUAGACAGUUAUUCUGGUAAAAAAAAAAAAAGUUAUUAGAUGAAAAUGGAAAUUUCGUGGAAAUAUUUUUACUAGAAUAGAUUUUUUCCUUAAAUUUACGUGAAUUAUAAACCCAAAGUCGCUCAUUUUCAGUGCUGCCCCUGAACGUCUCACGGGAGCCGAGCUGCCCUCAGCUCACCUGAGAUUUGAAUCAUGUGUGCGGCAUAACAUGGCUGUGAAACUAUAAAUGAUCGCUUUUUAUGUGGUAUUUUUUGCAAAUAUUUGAAUUUAGAGCUAUAUCUACAAAAUUCAUAGAGGACUUUAAAUUUUAUUUUAAACAUCUCCUUGUCACAUAGGCUAUAGACAGACUGUCAUCUUUAGUGUCAUUUUAAAUGAAUACUUACCAGGAAUUAGGCUGCAGUUAAUGUGAAGACAGGUCUGAUGCAAAGCUGCAACAUGACAGAAAUUUGUAGAUUUAUUGCUGUAAAGCUUAUUUCAAGGAGAAAAAGAUUUAAAUGUCAUAACUGCGUAUAAGCAAUGUGAACCUGGAGAUCUACAGUGGAGGUUCAGAGAGGAUCAUUAUGACAUCCUGCUGCAGUGAAGAGUGGUAUGAGGUGAAAUGUCCCGCCUUGUUCCGCCCAAACAACACCCCUGUAAUCCUGGAAAGAUCAUGUAACAAAGACUCAGGAAAACAAAAUAACAACCAGUCAGGAAGGCGUGAGAAGGGGGAAUGAUUCAGUGGUGAGAAGGUGACGUCAGGUAUUCUGGAAAAGACAAAGUUCAGUGAGUGCAGUGGAAAAUAGGCCAACAUUCAGCCACAACAGGCCUCCAUCUUUUUCGUACAGUUUUCACCUGUUGAGUUUGAUGUGAUGUGCUUGUUUGGGUUUCAGGUAUACAUCAGGGGAUGUGAGGCUGUGGGACACUCUGCACUGGGACUCAUCGGCCUCUUACCUGAAGACAAACAGUCUGUCGGUGACCUCUGAACCCAGACCUUAUGUUAGUCAUGUGCAGGUCAACAGCACAGUGGCAGCUGCUGCUUAUGAGGACGGUGAGCCUAAGGGAGUUCCUGACUUUAGCAUGAUUACUUAUCACCGUUACUGUAGAAAACAGGGUGAGUGUGUUUCUCCAUCUUUGGUUCAGGCUGUGUGGACCUGUGGAGCACAGAGACAGGUGGAGUGCCCAUCCACCACUACCAGACCCCUGACAGGAUCCAGGCUUUGGCCCUGAGCCCUGACAGCCCCGCCCUGUGCUCAGCUGCUGGACCUGAUGUUCGGCUGGACGGUGCAGAUGAUCGUGGCUACUGGAGGACACUGUGCCGGACUCAACUACCCAAGACAGUGAGUUAGACUGUUUAAUUCCUCUAUGUGUGAAAUGCUCCACACUGAUGUGCUGUUGUGUUAAUUAACACCAUGACUUCUUUGGGGUCAAAGGUAUUAUAUUGAGCCCUAAAAACACAGUAAAAUGGAGUUAAAUCCUUUAAAAGAACAGCCUGAAUAUCUGCUAUUUAACUAAUCCUGUCUGUGUUGCAGGUAGAGGGUCUGGUUUUGGUGCCAGGCAGGGGGCAGCAGCGCCCGCUGGCAUUGCUGUCAGCAGCAGAGGCCGUGUACCUGUUGGACCCCUGGGAGGAGGAGCCACAGACGCUCCAUUCAGUCUAUGGUCACCCUGUUACCUGCGUGGAUGCCUCCAACUGCAAUGUUGCGUUCGGGAUCAAGCGCACAGGAUGGGCCAUGCAUGAUGGAGGAAACAAGGUGAGUUUAGUUUGUUUCAAUAUUUUAAAUGUGCAUUUUCAACAAAUUCCUAUUAAGAAUUAUUUACAGAUGUUUGAAAAAUAGAAACUACCAAAAAGGGUUAAAAUACCAUCAGAUAGUUACAAGUUACAGUUCAUCAUUAAAAUGAUUAAAAUGAGCUGAAAUAUUGAAAAUAAUUGAAUUAAAAGCAGCUGUACGUGUUUGAGUCUUUAACCUGGCUUGUUCUUCAUAUCUGGAGCAUAAAAGCUGAAUGUGACUUCAUGUGACUGUUUCUUACAAAUUCUUUUUUUUUCAAUUGUUUUUACUCGCUCUUGGUUGUAAUGCUGUUCAGGUGCCAGACAGUGGAUGUAGCACAUCUGAAAGCUGUUAAACAACAAAGGAAAAAACAGAGCAUAAGUGCCAGCUGCUGGUUUAACAGUUUGGGUGCUGAGGGACUCAAAAAUGGUGAAAAUUGCAGAGACUUCUGCAGCCACAGCAGUAUUUGAUGUGGAAGUCUUUUUCCACACAAAGCAUAAAUAAGUAGCUGUUAUGGGUCUUCCUUACUGCUUGUAUCUGUAGAUGUGCACAGGGGGUUGUGUGGGGUGUGAUGGAGGGCUAUUUGAGUAUUUGUUAAACAGUUGCAAGUAACUAUCAAAUCAAACUUUUGCUUGAGAUGUCGUCCCUCAUUUGUAGUUCGAAGUCCAGGUGUAGUUAUUGCUUGAUUAGGCGAUUAAACUGGACUUUUGUCCUUUUCCCAGUCUAAUCAAUUUAUAGGCAAAAGUAUGUCUGCCUUUGCCACGCUACUGCUCCGCACUGCUGGGCUGUCUGCUGGUGUAGGUACCAGAUGUGUUCAGGCUGCCAGAUUGGUUCGGGGCCCAGCGCCUGUUGAAUAUGUCAGACUACGACAAAAUCCAUUGCGCUCCAUUUAAUAAGUCAAACGUGCGUGGCAAAAAGCCCCUCAUGGUUUUCUUAAUUUCUGUUUGUUUAUUCAGUUGACCUCAAAAUAUAUAUAUAAUUUUUUAAUUUUUAGAUGGCUUUAAUUGUACAUGUAAUCUUUUCUAAAUGAAAAAGAAAAAAAAGUACGCAGGGUCUCCGUUUAUCAAUUGAUAGUUUUGUUUUUAUUCCACAUUUCCUUAAGCAACCUAAAAAAGGCGGUAGUACGGCUGUCCUAAAUCCCCUUCGAUAAGUAGUGAUAGAUUGCUUUGUAAAUUUCGUCCAUGUUUUCUCGGAAUAACUACAAUCCCAUGAAACCUACUCCGGCGAAAACCGCUUCCGUAAUGACCAGCCACAAUCUUCUACGUCAUCUGAACCAAAUUCCAGCCAAUCAUAUAGAGUGAUGUCAUCAUAAAGGCGCUGGGCCCCGAGCCGAUAUGGCAGCCUGAACACAUCUGGUACUGACACCGGUUGACCUGUUAUGUCAUGUACCAAAACAAUCGACAAACAUGUUAGCAAGAGACCAGAUCAAAUUCCAAUGUCACCAGCACCAACAACUUUACAGCUCUGGGUCUUUUGUGCGUACAGUGCAUCAGCUUUGUCAUUUUUAUACAUCCUUUUUUUCCUGUUAUGAUGACUUAUUUUGUUGUUUUCUAUAAGCCAGACAAAGUAUGUAGUUGUUAAACAACAGAGGCCCCAGGGUUGAUCCUUGAGGAACUCCAUACGUUGUUUUUUUUUUCUGCUUCAAUGUAAAGUUGUAUAUGAUACAAGGUAGUCUCUGUCCUUUGAGUGAGCGGUAGAGCAGCAGUGGUCUUUACAGUUUACAUGCUUCCUUUCAUAUAAUCAGCUGAUUAUUGUUCACUGGCCUGCGAGAAAAGGCUUCUGUAUGCAUAAGAAAUAAUGAUGUUUGGAUGUUAAUGGAACUGAUGGAGCUUUAUCAAGGCCUCUUUUGUGUCGGGAUUUUAGACGUGCUCAUAAAAAAUGUUGCCCAGACAUUAGUAAUUAAAAAUGAAAAGCUCCCAAAUGAGGAAACAAGGUCACACAUGCUCUCAAACUGGAACGUAAUGAAAAAAUGGGACGGUGAAAAAGGCAAAUAAUGUGGUUUGAUCAAAUGGAGCGAUGAUGAUGAACACACUUAGGAGAGGAGAGGACAGAGGUUUGGGCUCUGGGCCACCCUCGCCUGCUGUUGCUGCUUUAAUAAGUCAAGCUCUUUGGGAAAAUAUUAGCCUCUUAACCUGAAAGCAAACAUCUUUUUUCAUUACUGUUGGCCUGCAUUUAAAGUAGAUUUUUUUAAUGCAAAGUAUCAAAGACCAGGCCUCUCUAAUAAGGUCUCAUCUGUGUAAAUGUAAACUUAGUCUCUUGACAGUGUGAUCAGUUUUACUCCAAGUCCCUUCAGACCACUUGACUCCCCUUACAAAUGAACGUGAUGUACCUGUGAGGGGUUUGUUUAUAAAAUACCUCUCUCUCAAAUAGCUGCAAGCCCUCAUCGGACCCAGCUCCUAAUUGCUGCAGCCUUUAAGGGCACUUUGAAAAGCUGCUGUUCCCCGAGCUGCCUCUGUUUGCUGCUAAUAAUAUCGUGUUUCUAAUGACCCCGCACACUAAUUGACUCUUAAGCCUUUACUUAGAAAAGUACAAAGAGCCGGGGGACAAACUAUUCUGCUGGGAUCAGGAGGCAGAUAUGCAUUCAAGUUCACUCCAUCAAAACGUUAAUUUUUUGGGUUGAUGUUUAUGAAUAAAACAAAUUAUAAUUAAACCUAAAAACUCCAACUUCAGUUGCCAUGGAGACUGGACAUCUGCUAGCUUUAUAACAGCAAGUACCACCCGAGUAUAUUGUGUUUUUUUUGUAGCACUUUGUGGGUGAUGGACAGGUUUUUGGCAUCACCAUCACUGACAUCAUCGCAGUAAGAAAAGAACAGCUGAUUCAGAGACGGCACUAAAGCACCACACAGUGGAGCAAUGAGAGAGCAGCAGUAAGGGACCAAACAGGCUCAGAAUAUCAUUUCAUUACAAUAUGUUUUAUUUAUUUUUGCAUGAUCACAGUUUAAAAAAUACUGUAAGAUAGUUUAUAACUUUAGUAGUCCCUGCAUUUGUCCCCUUUCUCUUUUUGAGAUUGAAGAUUGGAGUUAAUAUUCUCCGUAUUCCAAAUAGUUUGUCGUUUUUAAGGAGCCUAAUAAUAAGGGAAUUUCUCUGAUAAAAGUUAUGAAUCACUGUUUACUUGAGACCAUGGGAAAUCUUAAAAACACAUGUCCAAAUACUUUGACCUCAAAGAGUUUUCCAAUAUGCAAAAAGAUCAGUGGUAAAUCAGUUCCUCAGCAGUAUACAGAGGCAUUAAACAGAACACAUUUCAUUAAAAAAUGAAAUAUAUAUUGUUCAUCACUAUGUUUAAAUUGCUGAAUAAUCACCUCAAAACAAAACACUUUGAUUUUGUUUUGUUAAGGCCACUGUCACUUGUGGAUUUUCACCAACGAGUGUGGUGAGCAAGUGACUGUUUCAGUGUAGAAUCUGGAUUCUGGAUAUUACAAAACAGUCCUGUUUCUACACACUGUAUUUCUAAUAGACCUGGAAUGUGCCUCAAUUCUUGAAUCUAUUUUAUUCAGCUUUCAAGGUAAUACUUACUGGAGCUUAUUAAACACUGAAAUGACUCGUCAGACUAAACAGGAAAAUAAAUAUGUAUAACAAGCAACUUCAUAUUUGAAUUAUAUUUCAAACUUUUAUUUUUUGUGAUUUUAUGGUUUAUAAAAUAUGGCAUGAUGUAACUGUUGAAUUAUUUUCCAUAUCUUUUUCUGUUGAAAAUCAUUUUGUGAACGAUUUCAGGGCAAAAUAAGUUAUAGAGGUUGAAAAGUUUCUGCUGACAUCUGAGAAUUUUUCGAAAGUCUCAAACAGCUGAAGAAAGGAUUUUCAAAUCUACUGAAAAUAAUAUGUUUUUCAUUUUUACUCAUGCUGCUUUUUGAGUGAUUUGUAGUUUCCACUACCUUUUAUUGUACAACAGUUACUUUUGUGCACUCAGCAAUAACUGUCAAAAUCUGACUCAAACAUCAUAGUUUGUUUUUAGCUUUCUCUACAUUUGAGAGGGCAGCUGCUAUCUUCCCCAUCCCAAAGUCCAAUGCAUAUUGCCCCAAUGAAAUCAAAGCAUACACAUGCCCGCUAGGGAUGGGCGAUAUAGGCUAAAAAAUGUAUCACAAUAAAAGUUUUGCCAUUUUAGCGAUAAGUCCCAAUAAAAAAUAUUAUAAUUCCAGGUUAUGGAGAAAACUGGUGAAAUGUGAAAACACUUUCAACAAUUGUUGAAAACUCUUAUUACACAGAGUGAGCAGAUCCACUGUCUGAUGUUAGGCAUACCUGAUUGCACUCUAAACCCCAAUCUCAAAGGAAAACCCUCAUGUGGAAUCUUGUUUAGCAACAACCUGCUCAGAAACAUCUUCUUCACUACCCUGGCCAUGUUUGUUAUUCUGCUCUGUGUGGGCUACGGCUGCGAGUCCAUCGGUCGCGCUUACGUCAUCAACUUGUAUUCAUUGCAUUUAUCGUGAGAUGGAAUAUUUAUCAUGGAGGACUUUUCUGCCGAUAAAUUGGAAAUGAUAAUUUAUGCCUGCAAAAGACUUGCUCUUUUCUUUGCACCUGAUUGUGGUGAUUAGCUCUUGGCUGUACAGACCUGCACAGUACACUCUCAUCCUGACAGAGCUUCAGUCUACUUAAACACAAGUGUUAAAUUUUACGUCUAGCUUACUUCCUGGGGCUAGCUAGUGUAAAUCAGCUCCUCCUGACCUGUAUGUUUUGGGGUUGAGUUGGACUGAUUUAAACUUUUAGUAUUAGACAGAACAUGAUAUCAAACUUGUGUAGUGUAGUUCAUAAACGUGUUCUAUCACAGACUCUAAAUCCAUCUGAAAAAUGGAAUUCUGAACCAAAGCAGCAUUGCCACUUAAGUAAAAGAGAAAAAGUUGCAGGUCUUCUCCUCGUGAACUCUAAACUUUUAAUUAUCUUGUUCAUUUUAUUUUCAAAUGUAGAGCACAGAAAGUUUCACAAACAUUCAUUUAUUCCACAGCGAGCUUUGCAAAUUCACUAUUAGCAUACUACUCUUACUAAUUAAAAUAUUUCACAAAUUUAAUUAACCUUCUGUCACUCUUCUUUCAGCGGUUUCAUACAGUGAGGAAGACAAAGCAUGAAUUGGCUGCAAAACAUUUUUUUCCCAGUCUCCAGUCAGGAAACAUAUGCUUCAUUAAAACCUGUCAAAAUUCAUGGAGGUGGCACCAAAGAAAGUCAUGUCACACCUUUUUGUCUGACAGAAGAGUGAAAGAUUUUCAUUUUCAGCAUCUUGACUUGCAUGAACUCAACCACAUUGUCAGCUUUUGAUGUAAAUGACUGAAUUUGGAGCAGUUUAGAUUUCAACUCUGACAGGUUUCAGUGCAGAAGUUUUCUUUUUUCCAUCGUAUUAUUGUAUUUUGGCACUUGUCACUCAGCUGGUAGCUUUGUCUUUGUUGGUGUUUGUGCAUGUAUGUGCAUAUGUGUGCGUAUGUAUGUGUGGUCGGAGCCAGUCUCCAGAUCCUCAUUACUACGUGCCACUUUCUUGCCAGUGGACUGGGGGGGGCACCCAGGCAGACACCCAGCUCGUGGCUGGGCAUUCAAUACUAUCUGGCAUCUCCACUGGCAAACUGUCUGUCCACUGCAGUCCAUCUACCGCAGAGCACAGAGCACAAGUGCUGUCUGAAAACCUGUCAGCCUCUCUCUGCUAAGAGUCGAGAGGGUUGGUUGGACGCAGGGAGGCUGAGGGAAAGUUUUGAUGUUUGGUCUUUUUGUGUGUGGGAUGAAGAUGGACUAAUUAAGGAUGAAUGGAAGUAAUUUGGCAGAGUAUUUCACCCAGGAAAACCGGUUGUUUCCUGGGUGAAAUUAGAGUUAAAGUGAUCUUAGAAUGAUACAAUAUGUUUACAUGCUCAGUUACGUUGAGCUGAAGUUAAAGUUCAAAAAGGUGAUUUAGUUAAACCACUGUCUCUGGUGCUGACAAAAGAAUAUCCACCUCUGCAACAGUCAGUGGCAACAUGACCCCUAAAGCUUGUUGCUGCUGAGCCGCCUCCUUUUGACCGACGACAUGAAGUACUAAAACGAUCAACAAACUCUCAAGCAUGAGAUGUGAAUGUGCCAUUGAAAACAUGUCAAAAUACAACUCUACACCUUUUAUAUAAUACCAUACAACUUGAUGAUAAUAUAUUAUUAGGGCAGGGACAAUAUGCCUUUCUCCUGAUUUGAUGCUUCUACGAUUUUUUGGAUGCCGAUUUGAUCUUAAUGAUGAUUCUGCGAUAUUGUUGAUUUUCUCGUUUUAGUCUGUAUUUUUAACACCAGUGAUACAGUGGUGUGAUUAUGAUUAUCUACUGACUAUUUCGGGAACCAUAUUUCCCCCAAAAAUACACAUCACAUGUAAGUCAUUUUUUAAGAUUUAUUUUUAAAUAAAAAAAAAAAAAAAGAUUUUUGUGAUUUUGAUUUCAUUUAAAAAUUGUGAAACAAAAAUUGCGAUACUUACAUGAAUUUAUUUUUUUUCCUACCCCUAUAUAUUAUAGUAUAGUAAUGAUAUAAUAUGAUAUGAUAACAGUAUGAUAUGAUAUAAUAUGAUAUGAUAUGAUACGAUAUGAUAUGAUAGACUUACGAUACCAAGGUGAUAUGAUACCAAGGUGAUAUAUGAUGGGAUUGAAUAAUGAGAUACCAUACCAUACCAUACUAAUAUGAUGUGAUACAUCAUGAUAUGAUACGAUAAUAAUACAAUAACAAUUCAAUAACAAUAAUGAUCCAAUGGAGAUAUUAUGACACAAUACAUUUUUAAUACAAUAUAAUAUGAUGAUGACACAAUGAUGUUUUGAUAUGAUAAUAAUGGUAAUGGUAUGAUAAUGGUAGGAUAGCAUGAUAAUACGAUAUGAUACAACAAACUACUUUGAUAACAGUCAAUACGUUUUGAUACAAUACAACAGCUUCACCUUUUUUUGCAUCCCUUUUUAUUCGGUCACAAUGUAGGUUGUUCAAAGCUAGAUAAUUAUAUACAGUCAUGUAGGUAUGUAAGUCUCAAUAUGAGAAGUCUGAUUUGGUGCGAUAUCUGUCCUGUUGGACUCACAUGAUUACAUGUAUUGUGUUUCAGUAAAUUGACAUUUUUGAACUACAUGGCAUUGUACUGACCGUGGUUUAUAUAACUCAGAUCCAAAAACAACUACUUUGUUUUUUGACUUUGUCUCAUUGGUGUAAAAUUAGUUGCGUCUAGUCACUGAUUUGACCAAUGCAUUUACUAAGGAUUACAUUUACCAAGGAUUCCCCAGGUUGGCACCUUAAGGAUGAGGCUUUAGGGAAUGUGGUGAUCAGUGAUCUGUUAAGAACUUUCAUCUUCGGUGCUGAUGUGUGUAAUUAACCAGUUUAAAGUGACUUUUUCCCUACCAGGCUUUUGAGGUCAUCAGGUUGUUACUUAAGGAUGAUACCUUAAGUAACUUAAAAUUGUGUAACUACUUUGUAUCCAAAGAUAACACUACCUCAUCCUAACCAGUGUGCUACGUCUUUGCUCCUUAAACACUUGGAUGGUGUUGUGGGGGAAAAAAAAAUCCAGUAUUUCUUGUUUUAUUCAUUUCCUUGUUUGAUUGGAGCCAAAUACAUCUAACCUUAAACCACAAACAAUCCAUGAAGCAUGACAAAACCACUCUUUCAUUAGUUUUCUUUUUGUCUGCUAGCUUUGUUCAGGGUUAUGCACACAUGAAUCUCCGUCAUUAUGAAAACACAGCAGUGAAUGUAAACAUGAAAAUAACACGUUCUGGUGUCUAACAGUGUCGUUACUCUAAUUAAGUUUUAAACUCUGCCCUGCUGCACGAGCUGGAAAUAUAGUCCUCCAAAUGACAUCAACCUACAAAGCUGUCAUUAUCAUGUAUCGGCUCCAAUGUGCUAAUCUCUGUUUGUCCACAUGGUGUCUAAACCAAACGUGGCCCUGAAUCCAUAUUUGUUUCAGAUGUGGGUGUUUGUAUAAGACACAGACAGAGACUCAAGAGCCAGAAGUCUGCAAAUUCUAUCCAAACCUCUCACCUUAUUUCACUCUUGCUUUUGUUUUUCUCAUAUGAACCGAUGGAGCUGUGAAACUAUCUGCCCUCUUUGAUAUAGUAUUCAUUUCUCGUGUUUGAUUUUCCUCCUAUGAUUGAUCAAAGUAAGAACUGCAGCAGAAGAGGGGAACACAAUUGAAAGAAAACUGCUGUUACUGACUGUAACCACCUAUUAAUAAAGGAAUUUUUAGGAGCUAAGGCGAUACUUAAAGCUACUGAGGUGCUUGACCCAGAGUAACCUGGUUGACGCACCACGCCACUGAGUUUUACCGUGAGUUUUUGAUGACCAGGCAAAGUCAGGACGCUGUUCCUCAGAUGCAGCAAACAAAAAUUUAUUGCAAUGAACCUAACCAAAUCCAUUUUGCAAUAGAUAUCAAGCAACACUGAACAAAGAAAAAUGCUGGCAGUUAGUGCCACAGCAGUCAAAAACCUUUUGCCCUUCCGGGUCAAUCACCUGCCCACAAACAAUGAAAUGGCUACUUUUCCUGAGUCCCAGAUGACCGGACAGCGACACCUAAGGCAUACAAAGUGAACUGCAACUCAUAAUACAGUAUUUGGCUCCUACAGAAUUAUUGAUAUUAUGCUAAAUUAAGAGUAAAGUACAGCCUUUAGCCGCCCUCACGGACAGCUACAGUGUACCUGCCCGUCAGUGAAGUCAGCUGUGUCCUUCAUAUUGCAAAUCUCAUCGCCUUAAUAUGUACAAAACUAAUGAAUUAUUAGGAAUGAUGAAAUCAGUGCUUUUGGAGUCAGCCUCUAGUGGACACCAGAGAAAUUGCAGCUCCAGAAAGGCUUCAUUUUUACAAGUAUAAACUACAGCUAGCUAGACGAUAGUGGGUGAUGGUAUUUAUGGGAAAGUAGUUUCUAUUCCAGAAAUGCACAGCUUAAAAACUCCUCACUGUUCCUUUAAGCCUUUUCAAUUAGAGAAACUGUUUAGUCCAUUAAUCGUAAUAAUAACCAUAAAAUAUAUUCAUCACAGCACUGCCAUAGAAACCCAAAUCAAAGUUGCUCUUCGCCCAAAUUUUCUCAGCAAAUAUCAUCAACAGCAUGAAAGGAUGUCUCAAAGGUGCAGCAAUCAUUGCCAAAUUGUUCAUCCUUUUAAAAGCACAGGGAGUAAUUACAUUAACAUCCCAGUGCAAGCCGCCAUUACAGUUUCUUUUGUCUGCGAGCCUCACUGAGGGCUCCAACAAGUGCAUUAACCAAACAACUCUUCUGUAGUCAUCGUCGUGAUUAUUCUUCCUCCAAACAUCCUGCCACAGACUCCAAACAGGCCCCAGCAUCAUCACAAAACGGCUCCAUGCAUCCCUGAGCGGCAGUUCUUCAUUUUUGUGGGAGGAUAUUUAAUAAAGAAUAUCUUCCCGACACCGUAAUGAUUCAUGGAGAACAGCAGGCUCAACCUCAUUUCUGCGUCCCCCUCCUUCUCUCUUGUCCUCCACUCAUCUCCCCCUCUUUCUCUUUCACUGUCCAAAUCCUAUCAAGCUGUCAUUUCAAAGUCCGGUGUGAUUUGGGUUUUGCCCCUGGGUGAUGCACAAUUAAAGCUCUGCUUGGCUGUAAUAAGGGACACACAGAAACUGCUGGCAUCUCCUUAAGGCUUACAUCAUGCCUCUGUUUUCUCCCCCUCAAACUUCUUUAUCUUCCCUGCUGUCUCUCUGUCUUUCUCUCUCUCUCUGUGUCUCAUCCUUUCCUCUCCUACCUUCUGGCUCUCCUCACUCUCGCUCCAUCCCUCCCUCAGUUUAAUUUCUUUAUCGUUUUAAUUAUUCAAAGUCAAUUUUGCCUGGCGGUUAUCCUGUUUGUUCUGUCUCAUUUGGAUGAGAAAACACCAGCCGCUAAUUGACCAAUUAGGCCGGCUCCAGAUGACAUCAUUGAGAGUUGAAGGAAGAAAGUUUGCUGCAGCCGCCGAGCCGGAGGCGGUGGCGUGCGUCUCUGUGUGCAGACAAGGAGCAUCCUAAGGCGAUUCGCUUUUUUCCCCCUUCUUUUCCAAUAGUUAACACUUAAGUGCUGCUUUGCCUGUAAUUAACUGGAAUCAGUUCAGCUAGCUGGGCAUGUGUUUGUGUGAUACCUGAUGGGCAGCAGCAUCAGUCAUUGUGUAUCUCAGUGUGUUGUGUUACACUUUUAAAAAGUGCAGAAAAUCAGCAACUCAGCUGCAGAGUCUGUUUAAAGAAGUUUAACCUCACAGCAGGGACCAUUGCUGGACUUUUAACCCUUCCUUCCUUUCAAUGUUAGACAUAUAGUGUAACAUACUCUUCAGUUUAACGUAGUUUAAUUACAAAUUUUCUAGUUGUUAAUACCCAUGAUAUACCUUUAAACAAAACUUAAAUCAUAGCAAAGGUUAAAGGCCCAGGCAGCAGGGGCUUGGAGUUUUGGGUGGAGGUGGUGGGGCUCUGCUGUUGCUUGUUUGGUGGUUACAAAGAAAGUGGACGAGGAACUUAGACAGUCUGAAGAGAGAUGUACAUCAAAGGUACUUUUUAUGGAGUUUAAGUACAUUAAGAGUAAAAAACAAAAAAUGAAAAUACAAGAAGUCAAAGCGUGUUUUCAUAAAUAUGUUACUUUCUUGUUGAACUUUAAAAUGGUCCACCUCUGAGAUGAUGGCAGUGACUCCAAGACUACUGCCCCCCCAUUCUAUAUAGUAUUAUAGAAUGAAUACUAAUCAAUGUGACAGGAGCCUCAGAACUAGAGACUGAGACCAUAAACUCAUAGGAAAUCUGUUAACUUUGUCAGUCAGCUGACUUCAUAUAUAACCUUUUAUCAGGUAUUCAUCUUGUUUGUUUUCAACAUCUUUUACUGUACAACUGUGAACUGCAGUGAUUUUAUCUGUUUUGUUAUCUUUGUUGUUUCUUUUUGGUCUCUAUUUUUGUGCCUUGCCAGAGACGUGAUGCGGUGUUAGUCAGGUCCGCCGCCCAAGCACAAUUUGGUAUUUUAGUGAGCGGCGCAGCCCGGUGUAAGUAUCCCCCCUCCCUAACUCAGCUCCUCCCAGCGGUGUAAGUCGUAGCGAGGGAGGAGAGAGGGCGUGGAGUGGGUUUAACACAGCCGAGACCUGUAUUGACCAAUAACAUCAGCUCCUCUCUUGCCUUUAAAUCCGCCAGCGGCAAGGCGUAUUACUGCUUUCGUGAAGUAGUCAAAGAGAUCAAGAGAUGUCUGAAGACAGCAAUGCCACACGAUGGCGACGGAAGGCAGCCCCUCAACAAGUGUCACUGUAAACGCUGCAAAGUGUGUCCUUCACACUCUCUCAUAUGAGCACAGAUGAAUUUGGUGCGUGUAAUGUUGGACCCACCAGUAAGACAAACACCCUUUUCCACAAAUAAAGACACUCACAUAAAGUUGCAUAUAUUUAAACCUCACAUGACAAAGGUGGGUUGUGCGCAGAGAUCACAACAUAAAUUCCAAUAAUGGAAUAAUCAGUGCGUGAAGGACGCAUCGCGCUCCGUGGCCUGGCUCUUUCUUUCAUAGAUGUGGGCACAUAAAAUAAAUUUGGCUCACAAAACUGAUUAUUAUGAUAUUCGUAUGUAGGCUUAAAGUAAAUAACUCAUCUGAGCACUAAAAUAAAUCAUCUGUUCAGCCGCCGCAGCAGCAGCUGCAGCAGGACGGGGAGAGGACACAGAGACAUGUCCAGGUCGAGCUGCGCGAGAAAUAAGAGGAAGAAAGAAAAGGAGGGAGACGAGUUACAUAUCUUGUUAACUUCAUCAUGUGUGUCUAUUUACUAGAUAUUUAAUUUGAUUUAAUUUAAUGCGGUUUCAGCUGUGUUGAUUCGGUCAGGUUGUGUGUCCAAACGCGUGCCAAACGUGCUCAUCAGAUCAGAUAUAGAUCAGAAUAUAUCAAUAUAGAUCUAAAUGUAUGUGCUGACUCAGAUUACUAGUUCUUGAUGAUUGUGUAUUUCACUGAAAUGUGCCUGACACUGUGGAAACCUGCUGGUGAGGCAUCGGUGACGCAUGCCGAUACGCCGCCGGUCUACCAAAAUACCACUAGACCAGCUGUGCUCCGCCUACGCUUAAAGUUGACCAGGUUUGAAUCGGCAAGCUUUCAGCGCACUUUAUAUGCCACCGGCAAGCACGAAAAUGUCACUGCGCCAGCUGAUUCUGUCAACACCUCCCUCUGCCACGCCACCAAGCCCAGCUUGGUGGUCCUCUGUGGCAGAGGGUGGUGUCGACAGAAGCAGUCCACCAAAAUACCAAACUGGCUGUACGCCGGGCUCCGCCAGACGAAAACACCACUGCGCGGGGUCCGCCACCCUCUGCCGCCUCACUGGCGGACACGAAAAUAGAGCACUUUCUGUUUCUUAUUCUACAACCACUGGAGUUGCCCCCUACUGGUCAUUUGAAAGAAUAAGGGUUGGGCUAUCAAAGUGGCGAAGCAAUUAAAUCAGGCUGCCAAUGCUUGAACCCACUGAUUUAUAUGUUAUAUGUAACAUUUAAAAUAAGUAAAGUUGUUUUAAGAGGCGGUUUCAUCGGCUUAGCUUUGAAAACUAGGUUGUAUUCAUCUCUUAUAAGCACUGUAUGAUUCAGAUUUUACCAUGCUCAUUCAUUUUUGCUCCAUUAACUCUGUUCUGACUCCAUUUACAAAUGACCAUCCAGCAUUUUUACAUGUGUUUUCGCUCCCCAGAUCCAUGUCUACAGCCUGGAGACAAAGAAACCUGUGAUCUGUGUCGGCAACUCACCCGGAGAUUUCUCCUGCAUUAACCUUAAGGACAGUCCUCCUCACCUGCUGGUGUGUGGGAACAAAGACAGGAGGUAAGGACAGGCUCUCUCUGAAAUAAAAGUCAGUGAUGAUUAUUUGACAAAGAGUUAAAACUAAGUUUUCCACUAACACCUGCUGAUAUGGACAACAGAUAUGUGCAAGUUGACAGGGCUCGAUUCAGUCUGAGCAUUUUUCACACCUCUCAGCCUCAGUGUGAGAGCCUUUAAGUUGAACAUAAGAAAGAUGUGAGAUGUUCUUUGUGUCGAAUAGAGACAUCUCUCCGUCUGUCUCCUCCAUUACCUGGGAAACUAGACAAGAAAGACAUCUGGCCGCACAUGCGUGCAUUUGCACAUGCUUGCCACAUUGCUAACCUGGCUCUCCAGAUGAGGAAAAGAAGCAUAAAAGAGCCAUUCUCAUCUAUUCUGCACUUGUUAGUGGGUGCUGCGGUGCACACGCUGGCAGCGGGACAAAAAUCCCUGGCGCAUCCACAUCCAAAGCUGCCCCUGCUGUUUCUAUUCAGCACCAAAUCCAUCUGGCUGUUAAGUAGUUGGCUUAAAAGGGGAGAUGGACCGUAUCAUAUUGUUAAGUUCUGUUCUUUUCCUUCAUAGAUGGUUACGCCUCCUAGCAACUGGUUUAGAAACGUUUGUUAAGUGGAUGUAGAAAUGCUCAGCUUUGUUUUGAUUAAGGACUUGGUGCAUUUUUCCCUGCCAGAGUCUUCAUCUUCUGAUUCCUUCUGCACUGUUUGUCAUUUCUCUUUCUGAAAGAUGAGUAGUUUUGUUCAGCUUCCACUUUGGCCCCAGCUGAUGCUCAGCCGAAGACAAAUGGAAACGAUGCAGACUGAGGGACAGUCGGUGAUCUUGGCUCUCUAAACAAGGUGGCUCCAGGCCAAACUCUAAUGCAUCCCUUCCUUUUUUUGUCCAAAUGAUUUUUGUCCCUCUGCUUUUUGUGAGAUCCAGAGAGCAAAUGAGGGCUCCUGAUAAGGGGCUGCCUGGAAGACGGCCACAUUUGUGCAAAUAGGAGAAAGAAAAAGCGAGUCAAGUCAAAGAAAGAGGAGAAACAGGGAGGGUCACACCUGUGGCUGUUGGUCAUUUCUUAUUAUGCAGGGCUGACUUUCUAGACUUUGCUCAUUCUUGCUGCCAAGUUCAAAACUCAAAAUGCCUUGCGGUUGAUUUUAUGGUCACACUCUUUCUCCUGAGUGAAACCUCUUAGAAACUUUAAGACUGAUUGUAAUGAGGUUAUACUGAGGCUUUAAUGGAUCUCUGUUAGGAUGAGUCACACAGAAUUUGCUGUUUGCAUUUCCUGAGAGCUUUAUAGCUGCUGAACUGAAGCUAGAAAAAAUAAGCAGAUACGAGUUUUUCUAGUCCUAAACUGAACAUCUCCUACAGCAAAAACGCACAUCAACAGAAAGAAGUAGACCCAUUGUGACUGUGCAGCUUCUGCUCUUUGUAAAAGAGGAGAAAAAAAGUUGUAACAUUAAUUUGGAAAACUAGUCUUGCUCUGGAUAUCAUUCUCUUAACUGAUUAAUGCAUUUAUCUUUUACAAACAUGCAUAUACCAGGAUUCAUUCUACAUGUAAGAGUCAGAGGCGACCAUCUCAGACAAAUUUUGUACCACCUCAGGCCCCUGACAGCACUUUGUAAAUUCAUCUGUCCUUUCCUGCAGUUACAGUCAGUCCAGUGCAGCAGAAAAGACACUGCAUAAACUCCCUCUGAGGAAGGAAAGAGAUGAACUUCCUGCAGAGGUCAUCUACGGUCUGGGUUUUCCUUUUGUCACAUUAUCAAGAACUGUGUAUGCAAAUGAAAGCAGGUCUGCACUUACACGAUAAUGCUCUUCUACCCUGAUAGAAACAAGGACAGAUGACAGAUGACAUCUCUUUGAGCAACAAGGAAGUGCUUUACACAAAACAUGAAGAGAAUCAUUUUGGAGGUUAAAAAAAUACAUUGAAAGAAAGAGAGACAUUAAAAAUUGACACAGAAAAAUAUUAGAACAAGCCAAUAAAAUAAAUCAAAGCAAGAAAAAUUACAAUCACAGAAAGUUGAAAUAUGGCAUAGUAGCCUAUUACAGUGCAGUUUGAUCUGGAAAUGUUGGAUUAGGUUUUGUAUGUUUUGUCUUAUUCAACUGGCUUAUAACUGCCGUGUUUAACAGGCUCAGGUAUGAGGAUGUUUACCUGUGAGGGGGCAACAGAAGCUUGGUGAAGCUAACUCUGCUAACCCUGGAUACACUCUAAACCAGUCGAACACAUAUACACUCACCUGCAGACUCUGAGAUCCCAUAUUUAGUCAGGUUUAUGUUUAAUUUUGACCCUUUUGAGUGUUUUUAGACACUCAGUUGGAAUUUGGUACCGCAAAAUUAGACUCUUCAAAACAUCCCUUGUGUCCCCAUUAUGACAAUGCUUGUAAAUUAUUUUGAGUGUACUUUGAUUCAAUUUAUAUUAAUAUAUAACCAUAAAAAAUCAUGCAUGUAUUUAAAUAGAAAUUGCUGUGGUGAAGUUUCAUUGACAAUACCUAAAAAAUCAAUGAAAAUAAUGAUUAAGGUACAAAUACUACAACUGUAGUACAGUAAUAUACAAAUGAAUUGACUUAAUAUGUGAGAAAAUCUAAAUCGAGUGUUUACUUUCAUUUCUUCAUUGACAGUUUAAAAAAUUCUGUGCAAAUACACACAAAACUUGUACAUACCUUUUAUCACUCAGUCAUGAGUUUUGAAAACUUUUUUUGUUGUUGUUGUGUAUUUAUAAUGUUAUUCAAGUCUCCUGACUUUGAUAAGUAUUUAACUUAUUGGCAUUAUAACUGAAAACCUACAUUCAUACAUGUGAGAGCCAAAAUGCAUCAUAGAUUUGCAGUUUAUGUAGGAUAUGAAACUCGAGUACUUGGUAUCAGCAGUCCCAGUUUUUCUUUCAGACAUAAUCCUGCAUCUAUGAUGAUUAAUGUCUGCUAAAGGAUUAGGAAAGUAAGUGGAGUUAUUCGAGCCUGUCCCUCUCUGAGCUGCUCCUGAUUAAUGAAGAGGAGUCUGUCUGCUGACAGCUCGCUGAAGACUGAGCUGCCUCCAGCCUUAGAUUUAUGUCUCCCUGCGGUCUGCCAGUACCGCUCAGUCUUCAUUGUUUAAACGUGUGCUCCCAUCGUAAAAACGCCACCAAACAGACAGAAGUAACUGCGAGAACAACAAGCCCACCGUGCCCGUUUAGCCAUUUAGCUCUAAAAUCUGGAAGCGGAAAUGAAAUCUGUCUGAGUCCCCAAAGUGGAUUUGAUUAUGGUAAUGAGGUCUUGGAAGAAGGUUGGGUCUGGAUGGAGUCAUGUCCUGGAUGCUUUCAGCUGUAAUAAAGCCACAAUGACAACAGAUGGAGCUGCAGGUCCCCUGGGCUGCUGAAGCUCAGGAAACCCAGCAAGAGGCGGCCCAGCUCAUCCUGCCGUUUAUCCUUCACUAAAAAACAGUAACAAUCAUGAGAUAAUACCAGUAAUGACUGCACAAUGAAGGCACAUGUGGCAUUACCUUAACUGAAAAAAAUGUUCAAAUCAGAUUAUUAUUUGAAAUAAGUACAUGCAAUUACUGGCUACGGCUGUGGAAGCCCAAAGUGGACAUUUAAUUCGCCUUACAAAAAAAAUAAAAUAAAUUGUUGUCUUUUCUCACGCUCUUAGUCGAGAUCAUGAUGAGGGGAAAAAAAGAAAAAAUGAAAUGAAACCAACAGACUCAUGGUAUUUUAGUAUAUAACCAUCUUCAGUCUGGGUUCAUGAGGCUAAAAAAACCCAUCAUGUCUGUGGACACUGCAGGCAGCCCUGUCAAUGUAGCUGCUGUCAGCUAACAUCCCUUUAAAUAAUAAUAUGAACAAUGGCAAAGGAUCCAAUCUAACUGUAACUAACAUGAAUCAAAUAUAUGAUCUGUUUAGAGACGGACCGAUAAUUUCAGAUAAAAUAAAGUAAAAAAAAUAUAGAUAAAUAAAAUACUGAACUGAGCCAAAUAUCCUCCUAUCAAAAUGUAUUUGGACAAAUAUUCACUCAAGUUUGGCUGUUUAUGUUCCUGUUUGUUAGUCUUUUUUAAAUGUUAUAUUUUGUCCAAUGCAAUUCAAAUAUUUUUCCAUUAUCCAUAUCGGCAUUGGCCAUUGAAAAAGUGAUAUCAGUUUUACCACUUAUUUUGUCAUUAUUUACAAUAACAAUAAUACAUUUUAUUUGUAUUGCCCUUUAAAAUAGGAGGCCUCAAAGGGCUACAUCUUAAAGCAAAGAAAUAUCACCGUAAAAACAGGUUGUUGGUUAAAAAAAACCUCCAUAUAGAAUUAUGGAGUUCAAGUUCAAAAUCCAUCCUAGAAUUUAGUCUUAAAAUGUUGAUAUUUUUUAUCAACGUGACUCCAAUAUCACAUCAUACAAAACACAGUCAAUAAAAGUGUUUUGAAUUUUAAAAAGAUAAUUUCCAUAUUCUUUUGUUUUUAUCCUUCAUGCUAAGGUAAUCUUUGUGUCUGAAUAGCAGAUGAAGAAAUGUGAUAUUUGAGUCUGGAGCUGAAGCUGUCAGCACAUGUGCUCCAGCUUGUAUUUGUCUCUUGGUUCAGAUGUUGUAAAGUUCCUGUAGCUGUGAGAAUAGUGUCCUUUUGUCUGCUGAUGAAAGCUCUCUUUGACUCACUGCACUCCCUCUUGGAGUCCUCCUCCUCCUCCUCUGAAAACGGGAAGUGAAAUCCAAAACGACCACGUAGUAGUUAGAUUGUAAUCUGUUCUGUUAUUGGAGCCACAGCUCAAGUGUAAAAAACAUCCAAUAAAAGUUAAAAACCUCUGAAGUUUGUUCUUAUACCCGUCUGAUCCACUCAUUUCUCAGGUGAUUGAACAUUUGUGUGUGAUAGUGCAGAAAUAAACAUGUACUCUUCUCUCAUCUCUCAUUCAGGGUGAGGGUAUUCGACCUACGAGCCGGCGCCUCUGUUGCGUCCCUGUACGCCCACCACCUGGGUGUCACCUCGGUUCAGGCGGAUGAGUGGAAGAUCGUGAGCGGCGGAGGCGAAGGACUGGUGUGCGUGUGGGAGACGAGGAUGGGAGCCAAGCUGUGGGAGAUGCACAACAGGUGGGAUUUUCUUCCCUCUGAUUGUCUCCAGGGAGGAUUUGAACUGGUGGAAACAGUAAAAAACAUGUGAAGCCGAACAGCUUUCGAAGGUGUCACAUCUGUUUUUGUUGCAGCGCUUCUCUCACAUCACAGCCGUCGAGUGUUCCUCUGAGAUUACAGCUAAUUAAGACAUGAACAAAACCCACAAACGCAGUGAUUGUGGGUUUUAUCUUUUGGUUUUGUUGUCUUAUUGUUCUCCAGGUUAUCAUGAAUACCACAAAUCAAAUAACUUAUUUAAUGGCACAUUGUGAAAACAGCUUACAACAUAGGAGCUGAGAAAAAAAGCUGAUUUUUAUGGUUUGCAAAUCAUCUAUUGAAUUGAAAGUAGUGCAAAGACAACAUGUCAACUAUACUGUAUCAUUUCCUCUUUGCACUUUGUCCUGUCAAAGCGGUUUUUGGAGGUAAUUCUGAGUCCAUGCGGUGACUUCCACUACCGUCCUUGCACUGACUCUUCUGGAAAGUGUUGCUGACAUAAUAUUUAAAACAUGUUUAAAAUAUAUUAUUUUAUAAGAGUUAGAUUAAUAACUUUAAUAAAAAUCAGGGCUGAUUUGAUUUGCUCCAGGAUUAAUUCAUUCAAAAAGAUCUCAAAGAGGUGCUACAGUAAGAACUUUGUGAGAUAAAGUGCAGUUUGAUGUUUUACACUUACAGGCAUCCUGUACGGCAUGUGCGCUUUAACACCAGCACCCUGCUCACAGCCAACAUCCCCGAUGACAAGUCGCCACGAGGAGCCUGCAUCACAGACGAUGACCUCACAGCUCACCGCAGGUCACUGAUCAUCCCACACUCUCUCUCUCUCUCUCCUCUGCUUUCAUCCUCCUUUUUUUUUAGUGACUCAGAAAUCCUCGGCUGUUUCCUUGCACCUUUUUGUCGUUUAAGAAAAGUGCUCUUGCAGGAAUAGUCUGGUAUUUUAGGAAAUUAGGUUGUUUUGUUAUGACAGGAGAAAGUCACCACUUAUGUCUGUACAGUAGAAUGAAGCUACAGUCGAAAUGUAGUCAGGAUCCUAACAGAUAUCCUCAAUAAGAAUAAUUCAGCUGUGCUGUGCUGAAGCUUUUCUGAUUUCCCUCCUCAGACACCGGGGAGUCAUCUGUCAUUACGACUUCUCUGAAGGCGCCUCAUCACAGGAUCACAUCCUGCCAAUCUGCAGGUCUGACUACAAAGAGUCACACGGAUACAACUACAACAUCGGUCUGGCUGUGCCGUAUGACAGACUGUCUGGAUCCCAUCCAUCCCACUGACACACAAGAUAACAAACUGACUCUGAGCAGACUGUACAAACUUUGACCUUUGAGCAGUUUGUUUGAAACUGGAUCCUUGUAUUUGAUGACUUCCUCGUGUUUUAGCAGAAUCUUUGUAUAUUAUCUUUAAAUGUAUGUUUGUCAUUCUAACUGCUGAUUACGUUUGUCCUGAAAUUGUCCAGUAAAAUAACCAGAUGUUUAUUUUUCAUGCUGUAGUGUUGAGCCAAAUGAAGGAUGUUUUAAAAACAAUCUGAUUUAAAGAAUAAAGUGAUUUUAGUCACUGAUUGGCUUAUAUGCUCCAGCUGUUCUGAGGGCGGAUGCAGGAUCAGGAGUGAGUUCUCAGCUUAAAGAUAAAGAUGCUGAUUAUACAUGAUACUCCAUCUAUACUGAUCCUGACAGCCAGUUGUUCUCCUGAAAAUCUGUUCACUACAAAAUAGGCCAAUUCUGAAGUAAAAUACAAUUCCAUUAUAACUUUCAUAUUAUGAUUAGGAGAAAUGUUAUUCAGCUCUGAGUUUAAUACAACAAUAGUCUCACAACAUAAAGCCUCGAUUCCCAAUAAUUAUAUUCAUAAUAUAACUGUACAACAACUUUAUUCUUGUAAGGUUAAGGUUCAGUCCUCAUGAUAUCCGGCUAUGAGUGAAACAUUAUGACUUUAUUCUAAUAAUAUUAUUACUUUACUCUGACUUUAUUCUUGUAAUAUUGUGACAAUUUACUAGAUAUUUGUUCAUGAUUUUAAUAUGUCAUUCUUAUAUUAUUGUGAUUUGAAUUUCUCUGCAUUAUUAUGGCUUUAAUUCUCAGAUGUUACCACUUCCUGAGUUUAAUACAUUAUUAUCCCCCAAAUAUAAGACAUUAGUAUGACUUUAUUUUUGAAAUAGUGCGACUUUAUUCUCAUAGUGUUUUGAGUUUAAUACAUUUUUCUCAUAACUAUGUAGCAAUCAAGACAACCCUGGAUGUGAAACCCACACAUUCCUCACAGGAAAGCUUCCUUAUCUGGUCCCAGGAAACAGGAUAUAAAUCUUUCCAGACGUGUUUGCCCUUUCAGGUUAAAUAAGUGACCCAACAGGAGGUUGACUAAACCUCUGACUCUUCACGAUUGGUCAAUUCGGAGAACAGAGACAGAGUUUUAUUACCUUUCAAACUGACUCCAUUUGCUGACCAUCUAAAUAAACAUUAACGUCUCAACCCAGAUCUCCCAUUUGAGAUUUAGUGUCUUAAAGUGUGUGAACAUACGGACCCUAGGAAAAGGGGGGACACUGACCUCCAGACCUCGGUCGUAAAACCCUGCUCGACCAUACACUGAUAAAGACUGCAUUCCUUUGGUGAAAGAAUACAAAUGACUGAUCAUGACAUCUUAUGCAUUCAGCAAUGUACUAAUCUGUCUAAUCAUGAAAUUUGUGUUAAAAUGAGAUGUUUCCCGUUUUUCUAUGUGCUUCAGAAGCCAAGUUAUCUUAUCUGACAGAAUAAAUCCUUAUUCUUUAGUUUCUUUAGACCAACAGCUUUUCAGACUGUUUCAUGAACUUUUAAGAGUUAAAUUUAUUGACUAUGGAUCAUAACUUAACUCUAGGUAACAGAGACAGUUUAGAAAUGUUUGGUUUAUAUUUUAGUUGUUUAUUUAGUAUUUUUAACCAUUAGGUGGUUAUAAUGUCAUUGAAUAAUCUGAAUGUGAGUAUUUAGAAUCCAUUAUUAAUCAUGAUGAAGUUCAUUCACAUGUGUUUACUCUUUUGUUGUUCACAGUUUCCAUGUGUUACUAUCUGUUUCAUUUCAGAGUAAUUUAGCAUGUUCAAUGUGAUACUUAAAACAUAAUGAGAAUGUUUGAUGUGAUCCUACACUUCAUUCAUAUGUGUUUAGUAUCAAAUUAUUGAUCAUGAAACCAAGCAUUCAAUGAUAUUAAUCAUAGUGAGUGAGUAUCAGAUCUGACUCUUUUACCAGCCAAAAGAAUAAGUUAGAUCAAAUAAUCAGAGAUUCCACGACCCCUCCUCUUUCUCCUCAGACACACCCAGUGUGAGAAGAUAAAACCAGUGAAGUGGGGUUGCUCACUCUCUUAGCUCUUGCUCUCUUAUCUCUCUUAUGUCUCUUAUCUCUCUUAUGCUUCUGCUCUUCUGCUGACUCUCUUGUCCCCGGCUCUUAUGCCCCUUCUCUUCUGUCCACACCCUUCUGUGGUGCGUUUCUUUGUUUUCUCUUAGAACUUUUUCUUAGUCUUCUAAGUUUUACGCCACGUGUUGAUUCACGUUGAUUUUUCUUUAACAUCGUCUUAGUUCAAGUUUUGAAACUUCAACUUUUUGUGCACAUAGCAAUUCAAGAUUAAGCCUUUGAUUGAUUUUCUUUAAUUUCGCGAAGCCAUUUUUGAAAGUUUUCUCUGCUCUUCGAGCCUCGUUUUUCUGAGUUUUCUGCGUGAUUUCAAAGUCACCUCCGAACGCAAUCCAACAGGCCCAGGUCAUCCUCUGUGCCAGAGUUUUUGAGUGAGACUAAAGAAGUACCCAAACGAGCAUCCACAGGAUCCACAGGCGCUGGUUUUUGCUUCGGGCCUGAGUGCUGCAACUCCUGGCUCAUCCUUCGGCUUACUUCAGUCGUCUUCUGAGCUGAACCGCUCGAACCGCCAGUAGCCCGGACCUUCGGAACCUGCUCCAUCUUCUCCAAGGACCAGUCUCACUUAAGUAUGCAAACCUCCAGAGCUCUAAAGAGGGCUGGUGCUGUCUCGUGCGUUCAUAACUCAGAUGUCCUCUUAUUCUGGUAAUCUUAGAUUCCUCCAAAUCCACAACCGAGUUUAUCUCGACACCAAAGUUAGUGUAGGUUAAUAUGUUAGCGCAUAUUCACUCACUAUCAUUAACUUUAGUGCUCCUAGCCUGACUCAGAAUCUUUGUUUAUUCACCUAUUAUUAUCUAUCUUCAUUAUCUUAUCAUCAUUUAUUGCAUGUGUGUUGUACCAUCAUUUAUCCUGUAAUAAACAGAUCAUUAUUUUUCUAAGUUCCUGUCUGUUAGUGUUCUUCCAGAAGUGGAGUCCCUGAAAUUAGAAUUUCGACUUAAGAUAUGAGACUGAUUAAUUAAGACUGAUUAAUUAAGACUGAUUAAAUAAAACUGACGAUGUUUGAUUUCUGAAUUAAACUUUUGUUUUCUUUAUUUUCCCACCAUUAAGGGUGGGUGGUGCCCCUUUCAACGAGUGCAUAAAUGUCAUAAUUUGAGAUUAUUAAUCUUCAGACAUUUAUUAUAAAUUCCAAUCGCCAAGUAUUAUUUUGGUGCGGCCUUGUGAGGCUCAUUUCAAAUCGCUACAUAUAUUUUGGUGCGACCGUAUGAGGCUCAUUUCAAAUCACUACAUAUAUUUUGGUGCCCCGUGUGAGGCUCAUUUCAAAUCACUACAUAUAUUUUGGUGCCCCUGCGUGAGGCGUUUCAAACAAAACUUCUGGAUACUAACAGACAACCUAAAACUUAGCCUUCCAAAUUGAUGAGAGAAACUUAUUUCCAGGCUAUCCUAGACUUAAUCACAAUAAAUGCUAUGCUUGCUGAAGUUGCUUGACUAAGUUCUGAUGUUUUCCUGAUCUAUGCAUAAAACCUUUAUGCUCUGUGUUUCACACACUUUUGUACUACAUGCCUGUAGUCUGUGUUUGAGCUGGACAGCGUGAAAUGUUGUUCUGAGUAGCAGUGAGACUGCUUCUUCUGCUCUGUCUAGACUGUCCAAUAUUUAAGUGCACGAUUGUUGCGUCGCCGUACGCUUGUAUUUAAGGCCUUUGGCUGAACCCAGUGUUCGCGAUGCUCCGAGCUGUGGUUUCAAGCCCCUGAAGUCUCUAUAGUCUGCUACGAAGUUCUAGUAACUAUAUGGGAUUCAGAUUUCCUCCUUUCCCCUGACAGAGUAGCUACCUGUCACAGGAAACCACUGUAACAGUGGGAGGUUGUUGUUUGAUUGAAUUCAGACAAAAUUCGUGAUCACAAAUCGCCGCAUUUGUGAGUUUAAAGUCUGCAGUUGAAUCUGCUGUUGAGGGAUUUGUCACUUUGAUUCUUGUCUCUGUAGUCUGCUACGAGGUUCUAGUAACUAUAUGGGAUUCAGAUUUCCUCCUUUCCCCUGACAGAUUAGCUACCUGUCACAGGAAACCACUGUAACAGUGGGAGGUUGUUGUUUGAAUGAAUUCAGGCAAAAUUUGUGAUCACAAAUCGCCGCAUUUGUGAUUUUAAAGUCUGCAGUUGAAUCUGCUGUUUAAGAAUUUGUCACUUUGAUUCUUGUUUCUGUAAAUUAUUUUAUUGAACCAAUCUGCUUGAGCAGAUGGUGUAAAGUUCUAUGUUUGAGGGUGCAGACGCAGCCUGCUGUGAAAUGUUAACCCUUUGUUGUCAGUAGAGAGACUGACCUUUGGCCUUAAGCAGAUAAGGCCCUUCGAGGAGGCAGAGCCUAAAGGCCCCUUCCUUCAGACUUCCCAACUUCACACAGCCACAAGAGGCUAGUUGGAUGACUGUUUCCUCUUUGCUUCUUCUUCUCCAUUUGUGUUGAGCUUGUGCAGUUCUCCCAACUCCAUACUGCCCCACAUGGUUGCUUUUGGUAUUGAGCUAACACUGCUAUUAUCUGCCUGCAGUAUCAGCCAGCUGUACUGCCUCUCUGUAGUCAGUGUGUAACACUCUACAGACAUAACUCAAGUGAUUGACUUGGUUGAUGAAGUUUGAUGUGCUUAUUCUAAAUCAUUGAUCAUUGAUUUUUGAUUUUUAUCUUUGUUAUAAGAGCCUACAUAAUGUAUUGAUAAAGUAACUCCUUGAAUCAAUCACCUGAUCUUGUUGUUACUUAUCACACCAUUGAGCAGUUUUACUGUUCCCUAUAAUACAUGAAUGUAUUAACCCUCCUCAUAAGAUUAAUUAAUUAAUGAACAAAUUAAUUAAUAUUUGAAAUCUAUUUUACCAUUUCAGAUGAAUUGGGUAGUUGAAUCUUUGGCUUUAUUGCGAUUUGUGAAUUAACUUCAGAGUUAAUUCCUUAAAUUGACAAUUUCAUUGGUUUCAGAUUCAUCCAACUGCAUCAGGCAGUUUAUUUAAGCUUUGCUGAUCUCUGCAACACGGAGACAAUUUGAACCCUUUUUUCAAUGGUUCUGUAUCUGAUGUUAAAUUUAAUUUAACAUUAUUUCACCUUGUUUUAUUUCAAUUUUCAUUGAAAUGAAUUUAACUUUAUGUUAUUUUUCUCUCCAUUAGAGAUCUACUCAGAUAGGCUCUUCCUCUUUAUCAAGCACUGAUAAAUUAAGUCGAUUAACUCACUUAAUUUGAUAUUUUGCUUCUUCUUUUCAUUUUAAGCCAACUCAAACUCAUCAACCAACCACCUGCACCUCUUUACCAAAACCAAACAUGCCUAACACAAAAGAGUCCAGCCAGGGAGACCCCCUGAGGGACAUACACACAGUGUUGGCAAACUUGACUAGUCAGUUGAUACCUCAAUACAUGACUAAGAUUCAAAAGGCCAAACCCUCCAAUCCGGAGGAUGCAAUGGCUGACUUACUGGAAACAGCCUUAACCACGACACUUCGUGACAAAGAGCUCACUAGAUGCAUGUCUGUCAUGAUGUCUUCUCAGCUUGAGUAUAAAGACUACUUGCUGGAAUGCGCUUUAGCAAAGAUAAAGGCGCAAAAAGACGAAAACAGCGCUCUGAAAAAGAUGCUAGAAGAGACUAAGAAGUCUCUAAGUGUUUUAGAAAAACACAGUGCCAGAUGUGAAGCGUCAAAGCUUCCCUCACUGAUAAGUCAUGAAGAAAAUCUUGAUCUUAAAGACAAGAUUGAAAGACUUAAUGAAACCCUUUACAAAAAGGAGAAAGAACUUGAUGACACGAAUAAGCAGCUUGCUAAGACCACAGAGGAUCUGAUACAGUCAGAAUCCCUACUAGAGCAAGCAACAGAAGAUGUAAAAACUUUGAAAGCAUUGGUCAAAGUGCGUGCUGAAGCUCUUGAAGCUAAGGAGAAGCAAACUUCUACCUUACAGCACCAGCUCCAGAUAGCUCAGAGACAGUUAAUUCUUUGGCAAGAACGGCAAGAAAAGACAGACAAAGAACUUGAAGAUGCCCAAAGAGAGUUACAAUGCUCCCUCCAGUCAGGUCGAGCCCAAAGAGAACGCAUGGAGCAAACUUUUCUUGAAGAAAUGAUAGGUGAUCAGCCUCCUGAGAGAGCGCCAUCACUUCCUUCCAAACCAACUCUUAAGUAUCUCUCUCAGCAUCAUGACAGGACCCUGCUUGACCCUGAGAGGUCAUCCUUAAACCAAGAGUCUUACUCUCCUCCCCAUGAUGGCUUCUUACCAUUUCCCUCAGAUAGGGAUCUUGACAAAAUUGCUCGCAACAUAGCACGCUUUGAACCUGAGCACCAAGGUGCUACUGACACCUGCACCUACUUGAAAGACAUUGACUUUUACCUGAGGAAAUUUCCAGGUGCAACCAUUGAUGACAAAAUCUACCUUAUUAAGGCGACGUCAAGUCGAGAGGUUAGCAGUUUCCUUGAACGACAGCCUUAUCAUGUCAGAAAUAAUUAUGACUUGCUCUGCCAAGCAUUAAUCGAAGAGUUUUCUGAUCAUUUGACCCAGACAGGCCUUUCUGCUGCUCUGUCUAUUAAACAAGGGAGAUCAGAAUCUCCCCAACAUUAUUACAACCGCUUACGCGAAGCUUACUUUGGUUUCCGAAAUGAACCAGAAAUGGAGGAGGACUUGAACUUCAAAACGCUGUUCGUCCAGAACCUCCACCCUACCACCAGUCAUCACCUUGGCGUCUUAGCUUGUCCAAACACUUCGACUAGCCGACAGCUUCGUGAACUUGCUGUAAAAGGUUUUGCCAAACAACGACAAACUUUGGCUAAGAAAGCAGAGCCCGUUACUCUCUUGGCUAUGGAGACAAAAUCACUGCCCAUGGAGCUGAACGAAGCUUCAGACUGUGUUUUUUCAGGCUCCGAUAAGCCUCCAAAUGAGUGGUUAACCAGGCCUCCAAAACCUUUUCGACCUCAACAAACUCACAAAGGUCAAAGUUACACACCAAGGCCCAGUUCUGACACAGACCAACGCCAGGUAAACUUUGAGACCAACCGUUGUUAUUCAGACUCCCGUCACGGUGGGUUUUAUCCCAGACAAAGGAAAAACCAUCAACACCGCCAAAGGGGGGUGAAUGACUGGCAGAAUCAGAGUAAAUUACACUCUCAGAAACGACGAUCUUAUUAUCCACCUCAAUCGGUUUCAUCCACUUUGAAGGUGAAUAAACAUGACUACUCAGCUAACCACUGAGAUUAACACUGUGGAGUCAUGAAGGUGUGAGUCCUGUGAAAGCAGAAGUCAGCUAGCCAAAGCUAAAUGACUCCAAUAAGAUAUCCAAAUGCUGUGGUGAUACAUUGAUGACUGCAAUACCAGUUGCUGCUUUCUUUGUUAGCAUUUGUCUCUCCUCUGUCAAUAUAGUCAGCUUGUCAGCUGUCAAAUAUCCCAUGAACAGAUUAAAAGCUGAAAUUUCUGUCACUAAGACUCAGAUUGACAAAUUUCAGACUCAACAGCAGAUAAUUAGUCAAACCGAUAAGAGCAUCAUCCCCAAGUUUAACAGACAAAGUUUAAGAGAAACUCUGUGCAGUAAACUUUUGAUGUUUGUGAUUCAGGUUGACUAUGCUCAUACACAGAUGGUUAAUAUGUCUAUAGCAGACAUUUCUUUUCCACCUAAGUCUUAACCAUUUUUGAAACUGAAAUUGAACUUUCAGACUUCUCCAGCAAGCAUGAAAAACAGCUAUAGCUUUAGAUCCAGUUAGCAUUCAGACUAAAGAGUGCUUUUCUAAAUCUCAUUAAUACUGAAAAUUAGGAGAUUUUCUUUCACAUUAGUCUACCAAUAGUUAACUGAGAAAAGUCUAACACCUAGACGAUUUUAUUUGAUAGCUUAAUGCAUGCUCGAUGUUAUCUUAAAGCAGAUACUAGUGAUUCACAUAGUGAUAAUGAGACGCAUCAGUCCUAUUUGCAUACACCUGCUGCUGCUGCUGCUGCUUCAUGGUUGUCUACUCGUCGUCCCGAUGCUCCAUGGACAGGACCACCGUGACGAAGGGGGGACUGUAGCAAUCAAGACAACCCUGGAUGUGAAACCCACACAUUCCUCACAGGAAAGCUUCCUUAUCUGGUCCCAGGAAACAGGAUAUAAAUCUUUCCAGACGUGUUUGCCCUUUCAGGUUAAAUAAGUGACCCAACAGGAGGUUGACUAAACCUCUGACUCUUCACGAUUGGUCAAUUCGGAGAACAGAGACAGAGUUUUAUUACCUUUCAAACUGACUCCAUUUGCUGACCAUCUAAAUAAACAUUAACGUCUCAACCCAGAUCUCCCAUUUGAGAUUUAGUGUCUUAAAGUGUGUGAACAUACGGACCCUAGGAAAAGGGGGGACACUGACCUCCAGACCUCGGUCGUAAAACCCUGCUCGACCAUACACUGAUAAAGACUGCAUUCCUUUGGUGAAAGAAUACAAAUGACUGAUCAUGACAUCUUAUGCAUUCAGCAAUGUACUAAUCUGUCUAAUCAUGAAAUUUGUGUUAAAAUGAGAUGUUUCCCGUUUUUCUAUGUGCUUCAGAAGCCAAGUUAUCUUAUCUGACAGAAUAAAUCCUUAUUCUUUAGUUUCUUUAGACCAACAGCUUUUCAGACUGUUUCAUGAACUUUUAAGAGUUAAAUUUAUUGACUAUGGAUCAUAACUUAACUCUAGGUAACAGAGACAGUUUAGAAAUGUUUGGUUUAUAUUUUAGUUGUUUAUUUAGUAUUUUUAACCAUUAGGUGGUUAUAAUGUCAUUGAAUAAUCUGAAUGUGAGUAUUUAGAAUCCAUUAUUAAUCAUGAUGAAGUUCAUUCACAUGUGUUUACUCUUUUGUUGUUCACAGUUUCCAUGUGUUACUAUCUGUUUCAUUUCAGAGUAAUUUAGCAUGUUCAAUGUGAUACUUAAAACAUAAUGAGAAUGUUUGAUGUGAUCCUACACUUCAUUCAUAUGUGUUUAGUAUCAAAUUAUUGAUCAUGAAACCAAGCAUUCAAUGAUAUUAAUCAUAGUGAGUGAGUAUCAGAUCUGACUCUUUUACCAGCCAAAAGAAUAAGUUAGAUCAAAUAAUCAGAGAUUCCACGACCCCUCCUCUUUCUCCUCAGACACACCCAGUGUGAGAAGAUAAAACCAGUGAAGUGGGGUUGCUCACUCUCUUAGCUCUUGCUCUCUUAUCUCUCUUAUGUCUCUUAUCUCUCUUAUGCUUCUGCUCUUCUGCUGACUCUCUUGUCCCCGGCUCUUAUGCCCCUUCUCUUCUGUCCACACCCUUCUGUGGUGCGUUUCUUUGUUUUCUCUUAGAACUUUUUCUUAGUCUUCUAAGUUUUACGCCACGUGUUGAUUCACGUUGAUUUUUCUUUAACAUCGUCUUAGUUCAAGUUUUGAAACUUCAACUUUUUGUGCACAUAGCAAUUCAAGAUUAAGCCUUUGAUUGAUUUUCUUUAAUUUCGCGAAGCCAUUUUUGAAAGUUUUCUCUGCUCUUCGAGCCUCGUUUUUCUGAGUUUUCUGCGUGAUUUCAAAGUCACCUCCGAACGCAAUCCAACAGGCCCAGGUCAUCCUCUGUGCCAGAGUUUUUGAGUGAGACUAAAGAAGUACCCAAACGAGCAUCCACAGGAUCCACAGGCGCUGGUUUUUGCUUCGGGCCUGAGUGCUGCAACUCCUGGCUCAUCCUUCGGCUUACUUCAGUCGUCUUCUGAGCUGAACCGCUCGAACCGCCAGUAGCCCGGACCUUCGGAACCUGCUCCAUCUUCUCCAAGGACCAGUCUCACUUAAGUAUGCAAACCUCCAGAGCUCUAAAGAGGGCUGGUGCUGUCUCGUGCGUUCAUAACUCAGAUGUCCUCUUAUUCUGGUAAUCUUAGAUUCCUCCAAAUCCACAACCGAGUUUAUCUCGACACCAAAGUUAGUGUAGGUUAAUAUGUUAGCGCAUAUUCACUCACUAUCAUUAACUUUAGUGCUCCUAGCCUGACUCAGAAUCUUUGUUUAUUCACCUAUUAUUAUCUAUCUUCAUUAUCUUAUCAUCAUUUAUUGCAUGUGUGUUGUACCAUCAUUUAUCCUGUAAUAAACAGAUCAUUAUUUUUCUAA